AUGGACUUGGAAACCGACACCACCUUGAAGCCCACCGAUCAGAAUACCCAAGAUGCAUACGACUUGGCGGAAUUCGGCCACGGCCAAAGCCUCGAGCGGAAGUUCAAUAUCUGGAGUAUGCUAGCUCUGGCAUUCUGUGUUCUGGGAACAUGGUCAACCUUCGCGCAAGAUCUUUCUGAUGGUCUGGUCAAUGGUGGACCGAUCUCGAUUCUCUGGGGCCUUGCGUUGGUGACAUUCUGCAAUACAUGCGUGGCUGUUUCAUUGGGAGAGAUUUGCAGUAGCAUGCCUACGGCCCUGGGCCAGGCUUACUGGAUCUAUCGUCUUUGGGAUACUCCAUUGGGUCGCUUUGCGUCUUAUAUUUGCGCCUGGAUUAAUGUCUUUGGCUGGUGGACGCUUGCCGCCUCGCAGGUUGCGUUUAUGACCAACUUUAUUCUGGGGAUGAAAGUCAUGUUUGAUGAGACAUGGACUGGGGCAUCAGACGGAUGGUUAGAGUUCGUUGUGUAUAUUGGAUGUGUUUUCAUCCUCACUCUGAUCAAUGUGCUUGGGUGUCGCCGAGAGAAAUUCCUGCCCUGGUUGAAUAACUUCGUGGGUGUGUGGUUCUUCGGACUAUUCUUUGUCUUUUCACUCGCUCUUCUCAUUUCGGUGGGAGUGAAAUCGGAUCUCCAUUAUCAACCAGCGUCAUUUGUGUUUGGGAAAUGGAUCAACCAGACAGGAUGGCCUGAUGGGGUUGUAUGGUUUAUUGGCUUAGUACAAGCCGCUUACGGGUUGACUGCCUUCGAUGCUGUGAUUCAUAUGGUGGAGGAAAUUCCUGCGCCCCGGAAGAAUGCACCAAAGGUCAUAUACUUUGCUGUUCUCUCGGGUGCUGUAAGUGGCUUCAUCUUAAUGAUGGUCUGUCUCUGCUGUAUUCAGAAAGUUGGCACUGUGGCCAAUUCCCCAAGCGGUCUCCCUUUUAUGGAACUUGUUCAAGAAACUGUCGGUCGCAAUGGCGCUGCUGUUCUUAUUGCCCUUUUCAUUUGCAACGGCCUUGGUCAGGGAAUUAGUAUCGUCACUACCGCGUCUCGACUCACCUGGGGCUUUGCCCGAGAUGGCGGAUUACCAUUCAGUCGAUACCUGUCCCAUGUUGACCCAACCUGGAAGGCCCCUGUUCGGGCACUGUGGUUUCAGGGUAUUCUGAUUGCCUUGGUUGGUGUUUUAUUUCUCUUCGCGGAGACAGUUCUGAACGCUAUCCUUAGCGUGAGCACAAUCGCGCUCACAAUUUCCUAUGGACUACCCAUUAUGACUUACCUUAUGGUCGGACGCGAGAAGCUUCCUCCAGGAGGACAAUUCCAUCUUGGAAGGUUUGGUGCUCCGGCCAACUGGGUGAGUGUCAUAUAUUGCUGCAUCACCACGGUCUUCUUCUUCUUCCCCAGCUCGCCCAACCCUUCGGGAGGCGAUAUGAACUAUGCCAUUGCUGUCUUCGGUGUGAUGAUUGUCAUUGCUUUGUCAUUCUGGUUUAUCCAAGGCAGUCGAACCUACCUCAACACCGAGGAGUCACUCACCCAUGUGAUCCAGGCACAAGAGGCAAUCGCCAAUGAUUCCUCGGCACCUGCUGCAAGAAAGAAGGAUUGA